AUGGCCGCACCAUUGACGGGCCCGCGCCCGCCAAUCAAGCUGGUGCCCGCCAGUCGAGCCCAUCAGAUCGUCAAGCCCUCACAACACCUGCAGCUCUCACGCUUAAGCACACAAGAGUACCUCGACCAGUUAACGACGAUGCAUGUGCCUCGCGUGCUAGAGCUGCUGGAUAUCGGAGAAUCUUCCGAGCACCGCACUACCCCGCUGGACCUGGACCGCCCGCUCUUUCAGCCCUUUCCCAGCGACAUUCGCUUUCAAAACUAUGACGCGGGUGACGUUUGCGAGGUUCCACUCACACUCACCAACAUGGAUCUGGUGGCCCGCCGCAUCAAGCUCCUGCCUUCAGAGUCCCCAUACUUUGAUAUCAUCCCACCCAAAAAUGCCAACGUCAAGGUGGCGCCGGGCGUCGCUAUCGUGUACACUGUGCGUUUUCAUCCCGACGCCGACCGUGACUUUGCUGAUGAGAUCGUCUGCCUCACCGAGCGAGAAAAGUUUGUCAUCCCCGUUCAUGCGAUUGGCGGGCGUGGCAUUCUGGACAUUGUGGAUAACGUGGAUUUUGGGGAGUGCAUGGUCAAGUCCACUGGCACCAAAGCUGUUCUUCUCCGCAACAUUGGUCGCGCACCAGCACAAGUGUCCUUUGAGGCGACCGCCCCGUUUGCUGUUGAACCAAAACAAGCGACUCUGGCUGCCGGUAGUGCCAUGCAGCUCCAGCUGACAUUUGCUCCCGCAGAAAUUGGCGUGGCAGAGGGCUCGCUCCAGGUGUACUACGAAACGGGCGAGACCACAAUCACGCAACUGCAGGGCACCAGUGGCAAUGCCAAUGUGCGGCUAGAACGCUCAACCCUGGCCUUUGACCGCACUUACCUGGGCACCAUGUCCCAGCGCUCGGUCAAGCUUGUGAACCACAGUAGCCAGGUGGCCCACUUUGCUUUCAAGGCCUUCGGCUCCCAUGACGAAGAGCAGGGCGUUCGCAGCUCUCUGCUCACAGCUUUGGAGCAGGACGAAGCGGAAGAAGUGGACGACUUUAUGGCCAUGUUGCAGUCCGAUCCCACGGUGCAAGCCCACAUGUCCGUGCUUGCCCGUAAGCAUCGCCAGAACCGCGAAGAUUUGGACCGUGAUGGCUAUUUGUAUCAAAAUGAUAUCUUCUCCAUCGAGCCCCGUGAGGGAGAUGUUUGGCCACAUUCGGAAGUCGACGUACUCGUGACCUUCUCCCCCGAUAUUCCUGGCCCUCAAGAGGUGACCGUGUACUGUGAUGUUACAGGCCGAGAAGCUCGUUUGCCGCUCAUUUUGACCGGACAUGGCCGUGGCCCGACGGUGCAAUUUGAUUUUGAUACCCUGGACGUGGGUGCCAUCUUCGUGUCAUCCAACCACCACUACGAGAUUGAGCUCUACAAUACUGGGGCCAUCCCAGCACGCUUCAAUUUCGAGCCCCUGGCCUCUGUCUUUGCCGACGCUUUUCGCUUCACCCCAAACAGUGGUGAAGUAGCCCCUGGUGACAAAUUGGUGAUCGAUGUAUCACUGUGUGCACAAAAGUUGGGUCUCCUGGAUGAGACAUUUGAGUGCAGCAUCGAGGGUCGUGAGGAGCCCUUGAGUAUCACAUUCAACGGACAGGUCGUCGGCCCAACGUUUUACACGGAUGUCACCGAGCUGGACUUUGGCCCCAUCGCCUUUGGCUUCCCCGCUUCCCGGGUCUUCACCCUUUUUAACACCAGUUCGAUCGAGCUACACUAUCGCCUUCGCUUGCCUGAUGGCGUUCCUGCGCAAAAAGAAAUGAGCCUCGAUCCUGCCGAAGCAAAUCUGCCCCUCUAUCAUCAUGAUCAUCAUCAUGUCGACCAUUCUCACCCUGUGGUCAACCUGCACGCACCCCCAGGCGCCAUCAAACCCGGCUAUGAAGCCCGCAUUUCCGUGCACCUCACACCUCAGUGGUGUGAGCAGUACAACGUGGCCCUCAUCUUUGACAUUGUGGGAGUGGCGGAUGGUGCCUAUGAGCUGCCCAUUCAUGCUGACUGCGUUGUGCCCGACGUCACACUCAGCGAGCCCAUGAUUAAAAUGGGCCGAUGCUUUCUACGUCACACCUAUGAGAGCGCCUUGAGCUUGCACAACCCCUCUGACUUUCCUGCCCACUACGUUCUUCUUCUACCUGAUGCUGCUGAGACCGGCCUGGAGGUGUCUGCAGCAGUGGAGCGUGGCGUCAUUACGCCCCGGGGCGUUACGGCCGUUCCGCUUGGUCUCACCGUCCAAAACCUGGGCCCAUUUACAGCCACCAUCCGCCUGGAAAUCGUGGGAAGCAUGGAUGAGCCCUUGGCCGUGCAGGUCAACGGCCUCGGGCAGGGACCAGUGGUGGCCGUGCUACCCCAUGCUCUCAGCUGGUCCAGCGUACCUGUGUUGACGGACAGCCCCAAACCACUGACGCUCAGUAACGAAUCUCUCAUCGAGGCCCCCUUCCGCUGUCUCUUGGAUGAACACAGUUGUUUCACCAUAGCGCCCAUGGAAGGUUGUUUGGCCCCUGGAGAGCAGCGGGCCCUCACCGUGCACACGCGCCUUGAUGACGUUGGCAACUUUGAGGAUAAGCUGCGAAUCGAAGUGCCUGAAAGCCCUGAGCUGGUGGUUGAUCUGCGCGCGACAGGACGCGGAGCCACCGUUGUCUUUGAUCAGGACGUGUCUGAUCUCAACUUUGGCCACGUCUUUGUGAACCAGUUGGUGGAGCGUCGGCUGCGCGUGGCCAAUCACGGUCGGCGCGUGCAGAAGAUCUACUUUAGCUUAGAUUCUCCACCACCCGGCGUGGACGGUCACUGCACGGUCAUGCGUGGUGCUGUCUUUAAAAAGGUUAAGACUCCGGCGCGCCCAAAUCCGCCCGAUCCCUCGCGAUCCAUCUUUGGCGUCUUGCCUGAAACUCUGAUCUUACAGCCCGGAGAAACACAGGAUGUUGUGCUGAGUGGUCACUCCACGGAUGUUUGCGACGUGGAGGAAGUACUUUUAUGCCAUGGGAGCUUUGACAACGAGGUUUCGCGCGUACUCCACUACCGUAUGCAAGUGCGUGGCACCUUCCAGCGACCCUUGCUGCAGCCUGACGGUCGACUGGUCGAGUUCGACUGGACGCCCGGCACCGAGACACGUGUUCCACUUGUUCAAUCCAUCCAUCUCGAGAACGUGGGUGUGCUGCCCGUUGAGGCGCGCCUGCGCACCACAGGAGCCUUUCAGCUCGUUUCUCGCCCAACGCUGCACGUGGAGCCCCGAGAUGGGGCCACGGUGGACAUUGCGUACGACCCCUUGCACCGCAGUGACCGUCAACCGCGAACUGAUGAAGGACGACUCUUCAUCGAGUACGUCCAGGAAGCACCGGCCGAUACCAUUCGUCUAGUGGCCGCCGUUCAUUACCCAAACCUCGAGUUUUCCACGCGUGAAGUGGCGUUUGGUACCGUCAUGAACGAGACCCAGCACGUCCAAUGCGUAACGGCAACCAACGUCGGGUCAUCGCCGCUUGAUUAUGUCUGGCAAUUGGUGAGCAAUGCUGGCACCCCGGGGGACGAGGCGACAGACGACGACGACGCGCAGAGCAGGGGUACUGAAGCCUUUGACAUUGUGCCCAAGCGCGGGCGCGUCCUGCCUGGAGCCACGACUGACUUUGUCAUUUCGUACUUUGCCCAUGCGAAUCGGGAGUCGCGAGUGGAGGCCAUUUGUGCUGUGCACGAUGGGCCUCGUUACCGGUUCCAGCUCUCGGGUGCUGCCGCCGCUGAGCGCUUCAAGCUGAGCACGGAUCACAUCACCUACUCAAGUCUGGACCCAGGAGCUGCUCAGAACGAGUCCGUUGUCACCAUCACCAACUGCAACGAUCUCCCGCUGCCCUUUUCAGUGCUCACCUCUUCUGAACGAGUACGUGUCACGCCAAGCCAGGGCGUGGUCGAGGCCAACGGCACUGCGAACCUCCAAUUUGAUCUCUUGGGCAAAGCACCGGAUCGUUUCACCAAUGACAUCUUCUUGCAAGUGGGCCGCGACCUGCCCCGAUGCAUCAAGGUGUCUGCCGACACGGCCUUCCCAACCCUCUCGCUCCCUGAUAUCCCUCGGCGCUCUCCCACCGAAGCAAGCGAUGUGGACGGUGCCAUGGAUGACUGGCAGCUGGCUCUGCGCCACGGCCCUGAAAACAGUGCUGUCUUCAACAUGGAGCUUGAUCGGGCCGUGCUCUGUCGCCGGCUGAGCCAAACAGAAGGGAUGCGCCUGACGCGCGUCAUGCUCCCACCCUACGUCGUAGACAUGGGAAGCGUUCAGCGCAACCGGGCCAUUUCGCGCACUUUUGUUAUCCGUAACCCUUUCACCCGCCCCGUGAGCGUGCAUCUGGGCAAGAAGAGCGUGACGGCACUAACCAGUGCCGGAUUUGCGCUUGAGCCCGAGGUCAUCACGGCGCUUCCCGAGGGCGAGGAGACGACGUUGACAGCCACUUUGCAAACCCAUAGUUCUUACGGCCUUGAGUAUGAGCUAGGACCUGUCGAAGUCACCGCCCUCUUUUACAUUGACCAGGGGCCCCGGCUGCCCGUAGUGCUGCGUGCUAACGUGUGCUUGCCUGAGCUCCGCGCGGAACUUGCUCAGUUUGACUUUGGGGCCAUCAACGUUGGAGAGUGCGCCAUUAUCGAGGUUCAGCUCACCAACACCGGCCAAGUCGAGGCCAACUAUGCGCUUGUGAAGCCCGGGCUUCCAUCCAACAUGGUAUCCUUGUCCAAGAAACAGCAAGACCGUGAGCAGCGUCGCCUGCACAUGUCCAAGGCAUUUGCUGUCGUGCAUGAUACCAACGGCUGCUUGGCGCCCAGCGAGACCACCAAGUUACAGGUCACUUUUACACCCAGCGAAGCCGGCACCUUCAAGUACGACGCCCGCAUCCACGUCGCCGGCCAGGAAGAGGAUAUUCUCCUGCGCCUGCUGGGCCAAGGCGUGCGACCAGAAAUUCAGUUUGCCAAAACAAGCGUCGAGCUCCCGCCUACACUUCCCCGUAGCGAUCCCGUGAUCUUUGAUCUUCAUGUGACAAACGACAAUGACGAAGACGUGGAGAUUUUCAACCUCGAGUACGAUCAGCAACACCGGCUUGAGUCUGAAAUAUUUGAGCUCAUGAGCGCCGAAACGGGACUGGAACAAAUCUUGCUGCCGCCUCGGGCGGUAGGCGAGCCCUUGCCCGCCGCGCUGCGCGCCAUUCUCCCGUCACACCGGCCAUCACAGCCGCAACACACCGAAGCGACGGAUGGGGUUGCUGAUUCUAGUGAGACAGGUGCCGAUGCAACGGGCAAGAUUGAGCAGGACGAGCGCGAGGCCAUUGACCCAGCCGUCGCGCUGCAAGAGGUCAUGGACGCUUACCUUGGUGGCGAGCGCUACAAGCGAGAGCAACGCCGCGACCUGGGUGGACUCAAUCUCGUCGUAUUUGGUCCCACUGGCUGUGACGUGGAGCACUUGGUGACUCGCCUGGCGCAAGACUACCAUGCGUUGCAGCUUGACUUGGACGAGCUAGUGCGCGCAGAACUUGCUCGCAACACCGACUUGGCACGAGAAAUCCGUGAGUUUUUGGCCCAGAAUGCGGUUGAACCGUCGCUUCCCGACACGGCCAAGGGCCGUCGCAGUUCCAACAAGGCACGCUCUUCCGAGUCGGGUCCCGGUGCCAUCAACGCGGCAACGGGUGGAUCAAGCAACAACCCUAGCAGCACGAUUCCUGGACGCACCGCUUUAGCAACGCCGAUCGUACCCGCAGACAGCAUGUUGGCGAGCGCGGUUCCCUCAGAAGGAGCCACGAGUGAGGCGGCCGAUGAUGCACCCUCCACGAGUGCUGUGCCAUUACCACUUGAGCUACUAACCACACUCAUUCGACAACGCGUGAACCAGGACGACGCCAUUGCGGGCGUUAUCUUCAACGCAAGUCAGACCCUCUUUGCUACACCGCCUUGUGCGGUGGCCGCCUUUGUUGGUGCCGUCGGCCGUCGCGACAACGUUUUUGCAUUGCAUUGCCAGGCAGACGCAGCCGCCUGUGUGCGUCGCUUGGUCGCGCGCCAGGAGGAAGAACGUGCCAACGCAGCAGCGGCCCGCGCCGCCUUGGCAGAAGCCAGCCGCCCCAAGCCCCCGCCACCACUCGACGAGGACGAGUACGAGGCCCUCAGUCCUGCUGCGCAAGCAGAGUACGAUACCAAGGUGUUAGAGUAUCGCCGCUUUGUGACGCGAGCCGCAGAGGAAGCAGAGAAGCAACAGCAGGCUCUAGAGGAUGAAAAGCACACCAAGCGUACCAAGAGUCGGCAGGGCCGAAAACAGCGCAAGGAUGGCGCUGCAAACGGGGCCGCUGGAGCUGAGACCGAGUCGGACCUCGAGACAUCGGCGUUUGAGAGCCAGGUAUCACAGUCCUUGACGCGCUGUGAAGCCAUGCGCCGAGUUUGCGACUUGUGGCACGUCGAGAAGAAUGAGCUCUCCGCCACCUAUCUCGAACAAUUUGGCCCACCCGUAGUGGCAACAGGCAAGAGCCGGCGCAAGGGUUCGGCACCAGAUGGGAGCUCCGUUAGUGCUGUUCCCAACACGGAGGAAGCGGAAGCUGAAGACCCGGCUGCACUCGGGCUCUGCACGAUUGAGCUCGACCUGGAGUUGGGAGUCGAAGCGGCCGCUUCGACUGUAUCGGCAGCGCCAGAGGUGCCUUCCGUGCGGGAGGUAGCUGUCCGUCUGGGCUUUGAGAAGGUUGAUGACGACGCCAGCCUCAAAGCGCGCCGGUUUGCCCUUGCAGCUCUCCGCGACUUUGAUUCGCUUGUCGAGCAGCCCUUGCCUGAAUUCAUGUUUGUAGAUGCCGCCAAGCAGUAUGCCGCUACUAUGGCCAAACGUGAGGCGUCCCACCACAUGGCUUCGGUGCCUGAAGACGAGGUCCUCAACAAAAAGAGACGUCCCAUCUCGCGUGGCACCGCAGUCAGCACCGCCAGCAACAAGCGACCGAAUUCCUCUAAAAAAUUGAAAAAGUCCCCUUCCGGCCGCGCGCGCCAUAUUGAAGAGGAAGAGGAAAGUGGACCCACGGUCUUGGAACAAUCCAUUCAGCUCGACAAGACGCGGUGGAUUAUUCCGGCACAUUCGGCCAUUGCCAUUCGGAUGGCCUUUCAUUCGGAUGUUUGCGGCGUAUUUGAUCAGGCGCUCAACUUUGUCACGUGUGGCACCAAUGAUGUCACGACAGUUUACCUUCGUGGCACCACUGAGUUCCCCAGUUUUGAUUCGUCCCCGAAGGCCAUGUUUCGCAAGCUUCGGCGACCACAAGCGGACGAGCAUCACCUCGCCAAUCGGACUUUCUAUGAAGCAGACAACACGAUGGACUUUGGCCCAUUGCUGAUGGGUCGCUCGCGAGAGGACUUUAAGGGUCAACUGGAUGCACCCAACGCCUUCCCCGUUUCCCUCCACAAUCCGCACCCCUAUCCGAUUCAAGUCAAUGCUGCCUUGGAAAAGGAUGUCAACUUUGCCACCUUUGUGGUUGAACCAGCCACUCAAGCCAUCGCGCCCGGAAACACAGGCACACUGCAUGUCUUUGCCUUUCCAAAAGAUGGCAAGGUGCACCUUGAUUCCCUUAUUCUUACGACAACUGACGCGCCCAUGGCAUGGUCUUGCAACAUCCGGUGCGAGGGUGUGAGCCCUGCGCUCGAACUUGAUGCCAAAGCGGUGUCAUUCGAACGCAUCCUUCUACGUCGAACCGACACGAAGAUUCUAACGCUGCGCAACACCUGCAAGCUUCCGGUCUGCUGGCAGCUGGUUGGUCUAGAGCAGCUCUCGGCCGAGGCCAGUGCAUCGGCCGCCAAAACAAAGGGCACCGUUGAUCCUCUGGGCGAAAUGCAGUUGCCCAUGCACUUCCGCUCGCUCAAGCCCAUCACCAUUACAAAGAAGGUUCGUUCCGAUUCAACCCUCGUGCUUGAUUGCAACAGUCUGGGUGUGAUCAAGGCCGAAUCCUUGGCCAUCUCCGCCGAAGCGUAUGACGUUGCCCUGGACGUAACCUUUCCUCGCGCGGAUCGACCGGUGCUCGACUUUGAGACUAUGCGCGUCUUCGACGAGAAGACGUUGCAGUGCACACUCAAGAACAAGGGGCGCUAUGAAAUUGCGUUUAAGCUUGAAAUCGACCGAUCCGUGCUCAAACAGUACCGACAAUAUCUGGAUGAGGACUGUAUUCUCAUGACCCCUGCUUCAGCUUCCUUGCCCUCCUUGGACAAGACGGUUGUUGUCAAAUUUGUGUUCCGCACGCGCAAAGAGGUCACGCUUGACAAUGUGCCUUUGUUGCGCUGCAAGGUGAUUGAGCCCCACAUGAAUGAGGUCAUUGCAUCCAUUCCCAUCAACGUGUCAGCACGCUCGGUGUUCAGUCGCUAUGCACUGGCCCCUCAGCGUGGCAUCAAUUUUGGUGCUGUUUUGAUGGGCAGCAAACCCGAGAGCCGUGAGAUUGUGUUGGAGAACACGGGUGACUACGAAUUCCGCUUCACCGUGUCCCGUCGGGCCACAGUGUUGCCCUCAACCUCGAACCGCACAGCACCGUUCACGCCGCGCAGCGGUGGCCGACGCUCAGCCGACCUAGCCAACUCAAACAUAUCAUCCAACAAGCUUGUGACUGGCGCCUUCUCCGUGUAUCCCGUGGCGGGCGUUGUGCCGGCUGGUCAGAGCACGCGCUUGCAGGUGGAUGUUGACACAGCCAUGCCAGGCCGCGAUGUGCAGUCCUUGACGAUUGAUGUGGAGCAGCGUUCGCCCGAUGAUCACCCACACGGCCUGAGCUACGAUCUCAGUGUUGAAGUCUGCAAGCCAGGUGUGGCCUUGGAGCCAGAGGCCAUCUUUGCCGAACACUCGGUUUGCCGUCGCUUCGAGAUGCAGGAGCAAUCCCGCCCCGCCCUGACCUACUCCAUCGAGGACGAAACCUUCUCCUUUGGCCCGCUUGUCAUCGGCACGGUUUGUCAGGCACGCCUCAAGCUGCUGAACCCCACAAAGGUCGACUGCACCGUCAACUUGGUUUGUCGUGGCGAGAACAGCGUGCCCAACAAGAACAAGGUCGUUGCCGAACCCUUUUCGUGCAGUGUGCAGUCAUUGCGCAUUCGCAGCCAUGAAUGUCAAUGGGUCCCCAUCACCUUCAACCCCACGGCCAUUCAGACUUACAGUGCCAUGUUUGAAGCCACGGUGGAGGAAGGCGAUUCCACUGCCAGUUCCUUGCGGUUCAAGCUUGAAGGUUCAGGCAUCCUGCCGCGCGUGAGUCUCGUACAGCCCACAGCUCGCUCGGCCGAGGGGCUUCCCCUUCUUCGCUUCGACAAAACUCUUGUGGGUCAGGAGCGUACGCGCACGGUCAUUGUUCGAAAUGACGGCCCGAUCGAUGCCGCAGUCUCGCUACGAGCUUACUCGACGCAACCGCGAAAGCCCGCACGCGUGCGCACAUCGGCCACCAGCACCCGCCCGGCCAGUUCCCGGGGUGGCCGGCGCGAUGAGAAGCCCCUCAAACUCAAGGAGAAAGACAAAAGGAAGCCUGCAGGCCGUCCGCUGCGUUUGGAAGCGCCGCUGUCAGAUGCAGGCGAUGCGGCCGACACCAGCGAAGUAUCUCCACGAAUCGGGGCAUUUGAGGUUCUACAAGGCACCGACUUUAUUUUCAUUGCGGCUGAUGCAGAGGUCUCAUUUGACGUUCGCUUCACGCCCGGUGCCCCUGAAGCCCAUGGCGCACAACUGCAGCUCGUGGUUGAGAACAAUGAGUUUGACACAGCUGUGAUCGAGGUGGCUGGCAUGGGUUUCCUUGCAGAUUUGACGCUUGAGGAUCUGGAGGAAGCAGAUGGCGACUACUUGUUGCGCUAUCCCCCGGUGGCAGUCGGCGAAACGAUUGAUCGUGCCUUUACCUUGGUCAAUAAUUCGGACCAUGUCAUUCGUUAUGAUGUGCGCGCGCGUGACAAUGUGACCGUGAGCCCGCGCACGGGCCACAUUUGGCCACAAACCACAGCCCAACUGCGCGCCAUUCUUCAAAGCGAUGAUCCACUCUACUUGAUGGCGGACAGCGAUCGACUGCUUUGUGAUUACACCCGUGUACGCUUAGCGGAUGGUGCUCCCGUAUGGCACAACGAGCGGUUUCACGAGCGCUACGAGCUGGCCGAGGACGAGCACGGUGGCAUGGCCCGCAUCAAGGUCAAGGAGCCGCUCUCAGAGCCCGCCUACGAGCGUUUGCAAGUGGAUGACGAACGUAUCACGGUCCAACUAGAGGGCGUUGUGGACUUUGCGCGAGUGAACCUGGAUGCCAAAUCGCUGCACUUUGCUGAAGUACCGGUGUUUGAGACGGUAACCAAGGAGCUGAUGCUGCACAACCCAGGCGACGUUAAUGCCACCUUUGAGUGGGUAUUGGACAACGACGACCUGAAUGCCGAUGCAUCGGUACUGCCGUUUGAGCUUGUACCAGCCAAGGGCGUUUUGCGAGGCCACGCAUCGCAGCGAAUCGAGGUGCGCUUCGCGCCGCGCCGCGCCGGCAGUUUUGAUGGCUCCUUGGAAUGCAAGGUGCAAUGUCUACUCGACACCAUCAAACUGCCUGUGCUUGACAUUUCGGGCAAGGCCUUCAUGCCCGUCUGUCACCUGGAUUGGCCCGAUUCGGACUAUGUGACAAGUGGUCGGCGCCGGCACGACUUGCCUGGACCUAGCGGUAUCAAGGGAGAGCUUGUGCCGGACCUCCGCGUGAUGGAGUUUUCGGCUGUGGGGCUUGGCGUGUUGCAGCGUCAUGCCUUCCCUCUUAUCAAUCCUGGCCGUAAGCCCAUCGAGUUUGUGUGGCGGCCGCUGAACGCUGUUGGAACCCAUACCGCCAAGGGUCUGCAAGUUGGGCCCUUCACCUGUCAGGUGCCCGAGGGUCGCUGCCUACCCAAUGAGCCCGUGACCUUGUCCUUCACAUACGCUCCCAGCAGUUUGGACAUUGUUGAGACCUUCUGGGAGUUUACAGUGAAAGACUCUGACUUCCGGCGUACGUUUUUGCUUGUUGGUCACAGUGAAGAGCCUCGCCUGCACUUUGACGUGCAAACGCUUGACCUGGCGCCACUGCUCCUAAACAAGACGGUCACGCAGACAAUCACACUGAUCAAUGAGGAAGCGCGCCCCUUCAAUUUCGCGUUUGAUGCGGCACAGCUGGCUGCCAUCAACAAGGGCGCCACCGUGGCUGUCAUGCCGACCACCGGUCGCGUUGACGCUCGUUCCCAGUUGCCCAUUCGACUCAGCUUCACGCCCAAGCUGGAGCAGCCCUAUGUCUUGAACGUGCUGUGCGAUGUGCGACGCAAGCCCACCCCGCUGGCCAUUCAAAUCCGGGCUGAAGGCUACAGGCUGCACUCGCGCUUGGAGCUCGCUCCAAUGGGCGCAGAUAGCGCCACCGCCGCCGUGCCGUUAAGUUUUGAUGAAACGGGCAUGGUCCCUCUCGAGUUUGGCCAAGUACACGUGAACGAGGUGCAGCAGCGCAACUUCUUCUUGGUCAACACUGGCAAGUUUCCGCUCGAUGCCACCUCUCGUGGUGGCAUGUCACAGGUCUUGGAGGAGGCCAUCUCCAUCGAGCCGCGUACCGGAACCAUCGGCAACAACGGCCGUGUGCCCAUUACCGUGACCUUUCACCCACGUGCCGCGCUCGACUUGCGUGGCGCACUGGCACAGUGCACAGUGCACAACGGUCGUAAAUACCGCUUGGAACUGGUGGGGGCAGGCAAGGAGCCCGACGUUGCGUUUGACACAGACGUGGUUCGCUUUGGCAAAACGUUUGUGCAGCGCGAGAACAUGCCCGUGCGGGAGAAGGAAGUAAUGCUUGUGAACCGCGAUACCCACCCGGUGAGCGUGGCCUGUCUGUUUGAAGACACGACCGGUCCCAUUUCGGUGCAGUUCACAGAUGGUGUACUCAAGCCUGGCGAGCAACGCCCCGUGAUGCUUCAGUUCCGCCCUACAAAACUGGGUGUGAUCAAGGAAGAGAUCUUGUUUCAGCUGAACUCGCUCACCAACAUGCGUCUCAAGGUCACUGGCACGCCAGUGCCACUGCUGGUGCAAUUGGAAAACCCCAAACAUCGCCACCUCAACUUUGGCGUGGUCGAGCCGGGUACCAGCGUGGCUCGGCAGGCAACGUUGAUCAACAAGAGCGCGUUGCCUGUCGAGGUAGAUCUGGCUAUGGAUGAGCAUGCCAUGGCCGAGCAUGGUCUGACAGUCGCUUUGCAAACUCCCGUUACUCUGCCACCACAAGGCUCGUUGCCCCUCAAGUUUACGUACAGUCCUCGCGCCCGUGAGCCGGCCUUCACCCAGGACGUAUCAAUCAAAUAUCUGGGUCAGCUUGAGCGCCUCCUGCAGCUAGCCGGGGCGUGUCAAGGAGUGGUGGUGCAGCUGGACCAUGACCAGUUGGCCUUUUCCGGCGUGGUGGACAGUCGCAGCACACGGCGCUUGAUCAUGACCAACACCGGAGACAUUGGCGCUCGCUUCCAAUGGGAUACUGCGAGCUUGGGCUCGUGGUUCACCAUCUCCCCUGUAGAAGGCUACAUCUCGCCGGGUUUGGAAGUGGCUUUUGCUGUCACGUUCCAUCCAGUCGAGAUAGGCACGGAUGUUCGCUGCGAGGGCGUGCCGUGCCGCAUCGAGGGCUGCGCCGAGCCCUUGUACUUGGACUUGGUGGGCACGGCGGCUGCAAAGACGGCCGAUCGGGAGGUGCUGACAUUCAACACGGAGGUGCGCCGUGCUGAGACGCGAUCGUUCAAGGUGCACAACUCGACGGCCCAGCGCUGGGACUUGAACCCGGUGCUUGAGCACGAGUAUUUCACGGGUCCCGAGUCCUUGACCGUGGAGCCGGGUGAGACCAAGCUCUACACUGUGACUUAUUUACCGCUGACCAUGACGUCCACGCGCGGUGCGCGGCGCGAUGAUGGUCGUUGGGCUGGCUUCCACAACGGCUCAGUCUUCCUUGCCUUGCCGAAUGGCGAUGCCAAGCUCGUGUUAUUGACGGGUCAGGCACAGCCCCCGAGUCCGGUGGGCAUUAUCAAUCGGGAGGUGCCAUGCAAGAUGAGCGUGUCGAUUCCCUUAAAGGUGGUCAACUGGCUGCCCACGACGCAGCGCUUCCAGGUGAAGAUCAACAAGACGCGUUAUGAUGUGAGCACGACACUGCAGGGCCACGACUAUCUCGACGUCCCAGCCAAGGGCGAGACGGACUACAUGCUGACCUUCCACGCUUACCGGGAGGGAUUGACCCAGGCAGAUGUGGCUUUCUUCAACGAGACGACUCAAGAGUACGUCACGUACGAGCUCAUGCUCAAGGCAGUACCUUCAGGGCGAUUGGAUGUCAUCAAUCUGAGCACGGUGGUUCGUCAGCCGAUUAGCCACACGCUCUCCAUCGAGAAUCCGCUACCUCAGCCCCUGAGUCUGACGGUUAAUUCGCUUCUCGAGGGCAGCACCAAGCCUUGUUCGGAGUUGCACCAUCCAGCUGUGUUUCGCGUGCCAGCCAAGGCCACGGCGGCCAAGUUUACCUUUGAGUACUUGCCACUGCUCACCCGCACGCGAGAAGCCAAGCUUGUGCUGCAGUGUCCGGAGCUUGGCAUGUUUGUAUACGAUCUCAACCUCGAGGGCCUCCCUGCAGGACCAGCACCGACGAAACGGGUAACAGCACACCUUGGUGAGGCUCUGACCUUUCGGUAUACAUUUGUGAACUUGUGCUCGUCGCGCUGUGACUAUACCGUGACGAUCGAUGGAUCCAAGCACUUUCAUGGGCCGCCCUCCCUGAUGGCGCCAGCUGCGUCCAAGGCCGGUACGGAGGUCAGCAUUGAGAUGUCCUUUGAGCCCACACAGCUAGGCGACAGCAAAGCAACCAUGACGCUGGCCUCGCCUGUGGGUGGCGUUUACACUUGCCCGCUGUUUGGCCAGUGCUUACCGCCCCGUCCCUCGGGCCCGCACGUGAUCAAACCCGGGGGCAAGCUGGCACUGCCCUUUAAAAAUGUGUUUACAAACACGGAAACGUUUUCCUACACCGUCGAUCAGCCACAGUUUAACGUGCGCUCGUCGGACUUGUAUAAGGCUGGUGAAUCCAAGGAAAUCCAGGUGCGCUUCGACGGUGAUGGACAGGAGCGCGCCGGCAAGCUCAUUGUCACGUGUGCCUCGGGUGCGCACUCGGGUAUUGAAUGGGUUUUUUAUCUCAAGGGACAUGCGUCGUAAGCUGAGCCCCUAUCCUGGUCAGCCAUGACUCUUCCGCUCUUACGGCUCGCACACGAAUGUGUUAUGUUUCAUCUGAUCUUGUGCGUGCGGACAUCUGUGAACGUUUCAUCUCUGUGCUUUCGUGUGCGUGUGUGAUGUGGUGCCGAUGCUUUGGCGCAACCUGUGUACCUCCAAUUGAUCUAGACACUU